AUGGCUGGGAGCUUACUCAAGGGACGUUUCCUCUCCUUAUUUGACUACAAAACGGAAAAAUACAUUGUCGCCAAAAAUAAGAAAGUUGGGAUUUUGUACAGAGUUAUUCAGUUAUCUAUCAUCGGUUACAUUAUAGGUUGGGUUUUCAUAAGCAAGAAAGGCUACCAGGAGACAGACGAGGCCAUCCAGAGUUCCGUUAUAACUAAACUGAAGGGCGUUUCGGUGACUAAUACCUCUGAGUCUGGUCUGUUGGUGUGGGGGCCGGAAGACUACGUUAUCCCACCUCAGGGUGAAGCUGUUCUGUUUAUUGUAACUAAUUUCUUAGAGACACCAAACCAGAAGCUGGGAUACUGUGCUGAGAGCCCCAGACUGCUGGAUGGUCACUGUCGAGAUAGUGAGGACUGUGAAGAGGGAAAGGUGGUAGUGGCUGGUAAUGGCAUUAUGAGCGGCCGAUGUUUAAGACGAGAUGUAAACUCCACUGGUACCUGUGAAAUCUACGGCUGGUGCCCCAUUGAAAGAAGAUUCACACCACAAGGGCCUCUACUGACAAAUGCUGAAAACUUCACCAUCUACAUCAAGAAUUUCAUCCAAUUUCCCAAAUUCACAUUUUCAAAGUCCAACGUUCUUGAAACAACUGAUGACUCCUAUUUAAAGAAAUGCCGAUAUGAUGAGAAGCUCCACCCCUACUGCCCCAUCUUCCGCCUGGGAGACAUCACCAGACGAGCUGGAUACAACUUCCAGGACAUGGCCACAUUUGGGGGGUCUAUUGGCAUUAUGAUACACUGGGACUGCGACCUCGACAAAGGCCACUGCCAUCCACAGUACCGCUUUACUCGCCUGGACAUCAGUGUUUCCAACAAAACCAUUGCGAUGGGAUUUAACUUCAGACACACUCGAUAUUUUAAAAAUGCUGCUGGUGAAAGCUAUCGAUCUCUAUUCAAAGUCUAUGGUGUCCGAUUUAACGUCAUGGUGCUUGGAAAGGCUGGAAAGUUCAGCAUCAUACCAACAGCCAUCAACGUGGGUUCUUCACUGGCUUUGAUGGGCGCUGGAGCUUUCUUCUGUGACAUGGUCCUUCUCUACCUAAUGAAGAAGGGUGACGCUUAUCGAGAGAGGAAGUUUGAAGGAUGCAGAAGUGAGAAAUCAACAUCUGAAGACAGUGUGGAAGACAGGAAAGGUGCCAUGGAGCGGGAAAAUCUGACGUCUUAGUCUUUUUGUCACAUGAGAUGAGUUUGUAACAUGCCCUUGUUUGUUUUUGUACAACAAUAAAUGUAAUAAAAGUGACACAGUAUAUCAGUAGAAUACAAUUUAUGCUGUACUGGUGUGGAGUUCUUGUAAG